AGUUAAGCAAUAUGUCCAAAAGUUUCUCCUCCAAACAGUAUUUAAACUAGUUGAGACGUGAUUAAAUUAAAAUAUAUACACAAGAAUCAAUUUUGUUAUAAUUUUCAAAUACGUAGCCAUGUUUAAAGCAGCCGUUCUAGCUACAACAUUUGCCACUACUCUGGCUCUGUCGGCACGUAGAGCCGAUGAUGGGCCAUGUGCCGAAGGCGAUACCAUGACGCUAAGCGCAUGGUUGGGUGAAAGUGACGAGUGCCAGAAUGAUCCUCUGAUUGAGGACUUUGAGCUAGUAGUUGGAGAAUGUACUGCCAUUGAAGGAGGUUCCCUUCCCCUUUUCGUGUUGGGAACAUAUAACGCGACAUCGGAAGCAUACGAAGCACAAAUAUACAUGUCAGAUGACAAAUGCGAGGAUAACCUGGUCGCCGAAGUAACUGAUUUCACUGGAGAAUGCAAGGAGCAAACAGCAAGUAUUGGCAUGGUCGCUGUCAUGGAAACCAAGGUGGAUGGUGAGUUCCCUUGUAAUCCCUCAGUAGCUUGUGAAGAAAUGACGGUAGAGGGAUUUAUGGGUACCGACUGUGGUGAGUCCGGCGGUUCUUCCAUCACUGGCGAAAAAGGUACGAAGGUGCCCACAGAUGGGUCUUGCGAGAAAGUAAGCGCGGAUAAUUCUUCAUCAACAGUGUAUGCUAAAAUCGAGCUCACUGGAGCCACCGGCAGUGCUAAGAUCUACUUGGAUGAGGACUGUGAAAACCCCGUUGCUACAUUUGAGGAUUUCGAUAGCGCCAGCGAAGAAUGCUUGAUGGACUCCACUGGUAAAAUCGCGUCCGUCCAGAUUCUUAAAUGUUAAAUCCAAAUAUUGAAUGAAAAGUAGCGACUUAAUAUGAAACGGUCUUAGACAUAUACAUAGUACCACAGAAUAAAUCUGAAUAUGAUGCACAGUC